AUGGCCGACUCUAUCUCCCAUGGGCUCUGCGCGUGGAGUUUAGUUCUAGUCAAAGAUAUUGCGAAACAGAAUCACCCAGGUAUAGGUCGCAUUCUUGAUCCCGACUGGGUGGAUGUAGAUAUGGCAAAAGAAUGGAAACACGAUUGCUUGAAACUCCAUGGCAAGUCGUGUGAUAACCCCAUGAAGAUUUGGCAUACACGUCCAGCAUGGCUCAUCGACGUCAGACAGAGGUGUCUUGUCCCAGGACAGGUACCUCAAAAUUAUGUAGCACUAAGCUACACUUACGGCAACCAUAGGGCGAAGCAUAUUGACGCCGACAUGCUGGCAAGUCUUCAAAAGCCACUAGCUCUCGACGCGCCGGAGUUCGCUCAAAUAGUACCACCCAUUAUCCAGCAAGCGGUCUAUCUGACAUCUAUCAUUGGCGAGCAGUAUCUAUGGGUAGAUGCACUUUGUAUCCCCCACUACAACUCUGAGGUCACCACAGAGCAACUAGAGAUGAUGGGAGCUAUCUAUGCUACUGCCAUCGUGACUAUUAUUGCUGCUGAUGGUGAUGCCAACAGUGGUCUGGAGGGUUUUCGAGGCGUCUCUACGACUCGAAGCUUAGACCAAGAAGUUAUUCCGUUCGGUGACGAGCAACUCAUUGUUAGGAACACCGGAAGGGUUGACAUGGACCAGGGCCUUCCAUACUACGAUCGCGGCUGGACCUAUCAGGAGUAUAAGAUGUCCCCACGUCGAAUUCUCUUCAACAACCAAGAGGUGCAUUGGGAGUGCUCCUGUAGUGUCUGGCAUGAGGAGCUCGUGCACCUCGCUGAGGUCGACAAGUAUGUUGACCCACGCUUGAAUAUUAUACUGGCCGGGUUUCCUGAUCUGGGUUCUCUUGGCCAUAUUAUCGGGAGCUACAACAACCGCACACUACGACAUGAGGAAGAUGCGCUUCCAGGCAUCUCUGGUUUGCUUUCGGUGCUCAGUCGCUCUUUCCUUGGAGGCUUUCUAUAUGGAAUUCCUACCAUGUUCUUCGACAGAUUACUGGGUUGGCACCCGCAAUGGUCACACACUAACCUCCACCGCCGAGUUGCAUCAAAGAGACCCGCAAAAGAUCGUCUAUCACCAUCUGGUCUCCCCUCGUGGUCUUGGAUCGGCUGGCAAGGACUGGUAGCCUGUGGUCAAUUCGAGGCGGUGCACAUCAACCCGAUAAGCUCUCGGACUGAAGAAACCAUCCCCAUUACCGACUGGUAUGCGGGCCAUUCACCCCAGACUCCACCGCCAGAGAGACGAAGAAUAAAACCGAUUUGGUUUGAGAACCGUGAGAUAUACAAAGAUGUCACCAAACCCUUACCCCGGGGCUGGACGCGGCACGACGCGCCCACGACAGUAAUCCACGACAUGCCUUUUCUCUACCCCGAUGGUUGUGAGCACUAUAUUUUCAGUCACGGGGCGAUUCCAUCAAAGCCCAAUAGAAAUUACACUUGGUAUUAUCCCUUUCCCAUCAAAGAAAUACAGGAGUCGACACUUCCUUCCAUGCCUGAACAAAUGGAAUAUCUCUUCUGUGAGACCACGAGAACUUGGCUCUGGGGACACCAAUCUGGCGAUUACAAUAUCGUAAAUUUGCUCAACAGUCAAAAGAUUGUGAUUGGCUCGCUACACCUACAUAACGAAGAAUCAUUAGUCCGCUUUCCGAGGGAUACUAACAAAGGGGAGGCGGGUUUGCUGGUUGAGCUGGUCGCCAUUUAUGAGUCAAGGAUAUAUUCUAGGACAUGGAACGAACAGAAAAAGCGGUACACGCUCCCACUAAGUCGACACAACGAGUACGUUGUUCUUUGGAUAGAAUGGAUAGAUGGAGUCGCGUAUCGGAAGGCAAGUGGUAAAGUGGCAGCAGAUGAAUGGGCCAGCCUGGAACAAGAAAAGGUGUCUUUGAUUCUUGGUUAG